AUGCAACCGGGGCUGGGACCCACCAAGACCCGCAGCGGAGGAGGGCAUCCGUCCACUCCGCCAUCCUCCUCCUCCUCCUCCUCAGCGGUGUCGACUCCAUUGAAAUUUAAAUUUGUAUUGUACGAGGCUGCUCAGUUUUGGAUGGAUUUUGAGAUUGAUAGCAUAGUAGGAAGCUCUAUUGAUAUUGUAGCAAGAUCAGAUGAUGGAGAUGCAAUUUUAGGAACUUCUGCUGAUGGAGCACUCCAACAUGGUCUUGAUAUUAAAGUGAAUGAAGAUUCUUCUGGAGGAGACUUAUUCCCACAGGAUGGGCCACAAACUAUAAAUAGUUUGGGUCCUGCAGAUGAACCUUAUGUUGGCCAGGAGUUUGAAUCUGAGGCAGAAGCACAUGCAUUUUAUAAUGCAUAUGCAACAAGAGUGGGGUUCAUCAUCCGUGUGAGCAAGCUUUCUCGAUCGAGGCGUGACGGAUCUGCAAUUGGUCGUGCACUUGUUUGCAAUAAAGAGGGUUUCAGAAUGCCUGACAAGCGUGAGAAGAUUGAGCAUACUCAUCCUCUAUAUCCCGGCAAAGUUCGUAAGGAUCUUAUCUAUGAUCAAUAUCCCAAUGAGCACGAUAAAAUCCGGGAGCUAACACAGCAGCUGGCCAUUGAGAAAAAGAAAGCGGCAACUUAUAAAAGGCAAUUAGAAAUUAUAUUUGAGCACAUCGAAGAACACAAUCAAUCUCUUUCAAAGAAGAUUCAAGCCAUCGUGGACAAUGUGAGGGAGAUGGAGUCGAAAGAGCAACGAAGUGAUAGAUAA